AUGCUGAAAAGUGCACUGAGGGGCUUCCUAGGAAUACGGAUAGGAAUAGAAUUUGCUCAAAGGGCGUCGAUCGUUAGCCGAUCUGCAAUAGUGAUCAGCUUGCAACAGAGAUCUCGACUGAGCUCCUUCACAAAAAGUACCGUUGAUGAUGCUCGACUGGAUGGUGCUCGAUUGGAUGCUGAUUCGACAUUUUCCACAGAGAAACUCAACAUUCAGAGAAUGAAGAACUUAGUCAGGUUGGCGGAAAGGGAUUUUCUAGAUGUGAGGAUCACUAAGAUCGAUAAUAAACGGGCUUUCGAGAUAUUGAAUACGUGCAAAGUAUUUCAAGAUUCCGUUUAUCAGUAUGAGAAGCUUCGUCCAGAGAAUAACCCACUUAUUAAAGAAUCAAAUGAUCUUAUUAAGAGGAUACUUAAGAGUGAGAGAGUUGAUUUCAAUGAAGAGUUACUACGAAAGUUGUUUACUCUUGAGCCUAAGUAUCCUACAUUAAAGGCCAUAGUAGAAGCAUAUUACUCCAGGGGCUCAGAAAUAUUCAUUAGUUCUGAUACUGCUAUGAUUCCAUUUAGAAGACUAGUAUGGGACGCGGAAUUUCAAGACGCUUUGAAUUAUGUUGAAAUCACUACUGGCUCCCAAAGAUAUUUCGAUCAUAGAAAGUCUCUAAUAAGGAAGUACGUCUCGUACUUUGGAGGAACAUUGUUUGGACUAGUAGGUGCAAUUCAUGUUGUCGUUAAAUUAUUUUUUCCUGAACUCGUAUAUGCUGGAACAGGAGGCACUAUAUAUGGCAUAUAUGGAGUGUAUGCCAUGAUAGUGAGUUAUUUUGUGAACUGUGGGUUCCUUGCAGUUAUAUCGUUCUCUUCUAAGGGUAUGGAGAACGGUUCGUUGUUAUUUAAGCACGGAACUAUGCCUUGGGACUGGUACCAGAAAGUGGACCAGAUGAAAAUGUGUGCAAAAGUUCUGGAAGCCGAUGCUGCCAUCCAUGGAGUGGAAGGAUUUGCCACAAGGGAAGUUGUGUCCAGGAUAAAUUCGAUGGGAUUCGACGUGAAUGAGCCAGAACAGGAGGUUAUGAUGAGACAAUACUGGUACUCUUCUGGAGAGGGAUUUGUUUGGGUGGAACCCGAUUUAGACCCUGCUGAAUUGGAAUGGUGGAACCAUCUUGACCAAGUGGGUGUGAAGAAAUUCUGGGAUGCAGAUUACCAGAAGUUGGAGACGAACCAAAGUACGGAGGAAGAGUCUGAUGAAGGUGAAGAAUUAAUAUUACCUGAUAAAUAG